GCCACUGCCAGUGACAGGGUAAACUACUUGAAACGCGAUUAGUUGGGAUUGCGCCUCAGCUAUGGUCAGUGCCUCAGUCUGGAAACACACGACCAGCAGGGCAUUACGAUUCGUGUGCGGAAGUGCGCCGGGGAAUUAGCUGUGACCUUUGAGAAACUGACCUUUUCCGAGGCAAUAGGCGGCAGAGUCCACUCUUGUGGCAGUUGCAGUUGCAGUGGCAGUGGCAGUGAAAAGUGCUCUAGGGCCGUGCGCAUUUCGAUUCGAGUCGCCAGAGACACAGCACGUGGAGAAUGUAUCUGAGCGUGUUGACUGCUCUGCUGUCGGCGGUGGUGUGCGUGAGCUGUGCAGACAGCUCCGCCAGCGUCGAGAACGACCUGCUGCACUUCUCGUACAAGCUGGAGCAGUAUCUGGACCCCAGCAAGCUGCCGUGUCAGGACUUUUACGGAUAUGUCUGCAGUCGAAGCGCCAAUCUCAGCCAGACGGGGAAGGAUCGCUUCCAAAGCUUCCUCAAGGUGGCCGACGAUGAGCAACUUAUGGACAUGGAGCUGCAGCUUGUCAACUUCUUCAAGUCCUGCGAGAGCGCUCGCGGAGCGGAUGCGCUGAAGAACUCGCAGCUGUACAGGGUGAGCGGCGGCUGGCCAGCGCUGGAGACCGCCAAGCAGAACGCCACUGCCCGCAGAAACCAGACUCUAAGCUGGCUGGGACUGCUGGGCCACUUCCACGAAGCGGGGUCGCCCUACUUCUUCACUGCAGAGCUCACUAUGCAGUCCAACAAGAGGCUGGUUGUGCUCCGGCCAGACAGCACCCGACGGCACACCAUGAGGAGGUUUGAGCAGCGGGUGGGCGAGCUGCUUCAGAGCUUCGGCAUCGAGCAGAGUCGGGCUCAUGUGGCCGCGCUCGAAGUGCUCAGCCUGGAGCGCAGUCGCCGGGAGAUUCUCAAGGCGGACCUCAUAGAGGAUGAGGUGCAGUUCAGCUAUGGGAACUUCAAGCGCAGUGCUUUCGGCAAUGCCUCCUUGGCCAGACUCGACUGGGACGGCUACUUCAGGAAGCUGCUGGGCGGCAAGACGCCGCAGGCCACCGACACGAUCGUUGUGAAGCAGCUGCCACGGCUCGUCGACUACUUCGUGCUGCUGCAGAACACCAGCAUGAACCGUCUGCUCAACUGGAUCUGGACGGACAAUCUGAUGGACGUUGUCGACUCCGACUGUCACCAGCUGGCGGAGACGUACGCCGGGGACAUCUAUGCCCAUGUGGUGCAGAGGGUCAGUGCGGAUCGGGUGGAGCUCACCCAGAUGUACUCGGCGGUGGGGAAAGCCUACACGGAGCAGCUCGCGAAGAGCGUGUGGGUCGACGAGAUCUCGCAGCAGAGCUCGAAGCAGUUCCUGGGCCGGAUCAUGCACCUCACCCUCAAUGGAGACGAGCGCCUGAACGCCAUCUACCAAGAAAUUGUGCUGGGACGGCGCAGCUUUUACCGAAAUCUGGAGAAGCUGCGGCGCUUCCAGCGCAAACGUCAGCCGCCCUCCCAGUCGAGCCAGCAGCUGCGACAGUAUGCACAGAUAUUCGACAGCGUGAACGCCCUGCUGGGAAAGCAGAACCUCAGCUCUCCGCUCAACCACUUGCUGGUGGCGGAGCACUUUGCCAGGAGCCUGGUGGCAGCGGGAAGCAACAGCCGUACGCCGGGGGCCUGGCGCAGUACCGACUCGGAGCGGCGGUUCGCCGCAUUCCAGAACUGCAGCGGAAUCUCGGCCACCCAGGUGAACGCGAACGAGCUGCUCCUGGGUCUGUUGGCCCAGCGACAGGCCCUCAGCUGCUACAAGCAGUGGCUCAGGCAGCCGGACAGGGUGCCGCUGCAGCAACGGAUAGACUCCCUUCUCGGCGUGGGACGGAUGAAAUUGACCCUGCUGCGGCUCUACUUCAUCGGAAGUCUGCUUGUGGACUGUCGCUCUGAGCUGGGCCCCCUGCAGCAGGAGCGCAAGCGGCAGUUGGUGCACGCCGUUAUGCGCAACUCGCGCGAGUUCGGCGAUGCCUUCCAGUGCCAUGCGGGCGAUGCCUUCGCCGGGCAGUACCAGCGCUGCAGUCUUCUCUAGGCUCAGGAAUCAGGAAGGACUCCGGGCCUGCACUGCGAGUGCGGAUGGCGAGCCCGGCCAGAUUUCGCUCAGGUCAGACCUUGAACUUUUCUGGCUGGUCUCUGGCUCGCGGAAUAAAAUCGAUAGGAGUGUGGCACACUCCACGCAACUAUGCUAUGCAGUCACAGCCACAGCGACGUCACAGUCACAUGGUCGGACGCUCCCGCGCGUGGCGACCCCUUUCAAUCGAUUGAUUUUCCGAGCUGCUUUCCAUCUGCUCUGGUGCUGGUUCCUCCUUCCCUCUCUCCCUCGGCAGAGGCAGCAUAUGUUUACACUUAGGUUAGGUUAGGUUACGUAUGAGCUUAAGGCUUAGCGCGAGGCAUAAAGGAAUAAAGGCGUAAAGGCGAAAAAGGGAAACGGAAACGGAAAAA